AUGCAGCCAUGCUCUGAAAUCAAGGCUCUGCGCAUAUUACGGCCCUUAGUCGCCGACAUAGACGGCACUCACACGGAGCGUCUCUAUUUCCACCGCUUUCGCCGCGUUGCCGAGACCGGUCUCUGUGACCAUGUCACCAACCUCACCAGUUUUUGGAGCCGAUUAGCCACUCGGUUGAGCCAUGCUGACGAGGCUGUAAAGUGGGAAACUCCAAGAGCUACGGAUCAAAGUUGA